AGCGAUAUAUUGAUUCCAAACACAUCGCUCCCACGCAUCUAUACAUACACACACACCAACAAACAAUUCCAUUCCGAUAUAUAAUGGGGGAGGAAAAAAAAAUCUGAGUGGUGGGGAGUGCGACAGAGCAUGUAUAUGGAAACGUAAUGGGGAGAGGGAGAGUGCAACUGAAGAGAAUAGAGAACAAAAUUAAUCGACAAGUGACCUUCUCGAAGCGGAGAUCGGGGCUUCUGAAGAAGGCAAAUGAGAUCUCCAUCCUAUGCGACGCCGAUGUAGGCUUAAUCGUCUUCUCCACUAAGGGAAAACUCUUCGAAUAUGCUACUGAUUCAUGCAUGGAAAGGAUCCUUGAGCGAUAUGAAAGACAUUCAUACGCUGAAAGGCAGCUAAAAGAGCCUGAACCUGAUUCACCGGCAAGCUGGAGUCUGGAGCAUGCUAAGCUGAAGGCUAGAAUGGAGGUUCUGCAGAGAAACCAGAGGCAUUAUAUGGGAGAAGAUCUGGAUACUCUAAGCAUGAAAGAGCUGCAAAACUUGGAACAUCAACUUGAUGACUCUCUUAAACACAUUCGCAGGCGCAAGAACCAACUCAUGAAUGAGUCCAUUUCAGAGCUCCAGAAAAAGGACAAGGCAUUGCAAGAGCAAAACAACAUCCUAGCGAAGAAGAUCAAGGAGAGAGAAAAAGAGACGGCGGCGGCAGCGACAAUGGAGCAACAACAAAACCAUAACUUGGACUCUUCUGGUUUUGGUCACCCACAUCAUAUGGGAAUGGGAUCCUUCAACCACAGCAAUGAGAUGUAUCAAGUUGAAGGAGAAGGUGCUGCAGCAGCAGGGGGCAUGAGUGUAACACAAUGCCAAAAUCAAUUUUCGAAUCCGGUAAUGCCGCCGUGGAUGCUACGCUCAUGAACGAAUCCAUCAUAUUUUGUGUAUGUACAAGCUGCUACAUAGAUUGGAAACCAAUCCAAAUGUAACCCAAAAAAAAGAAUUGGUGUUAUAUGUCAUGAGAAUCUCUAGGGAAUUCGUCAAAACAUACUAAUAUGUGUGUAGUGAUUGAUUAAUUACAACUUUGUAUUACGUGCUAGUAUUAAUGGUGCAAAUGUUAUAAAAUUUGAAUCCUUAAGUGAA